AUGGAGGAGCAAUUAUUAAUGUUCUUGCACGCCAUAAGACACAAUCAGCGAAACCGUGUUAUUGCGCAUAAUUUCUUAAUGUCUGGGGAGACCAUUAGUAGUUGCUUUAAUCAUGUGUUAUAUGCUAUUGAUGAGUUGCGCCAUGAAUACGUGCGGCCACCAAGUACACAAAUCCAACCAUAUAUAGUGGCAAGGAGCAAGCUAUAUCCCUACUUUAAGGAUUGUAUUGGAGCCUUAGACAGGACACAUAUUUAUGCUUCUAUCCCAACAUCUAAAGUAGCAGCAUUUCGGGGAAGAAAACCUUACCCAACACAAAAUGUUCUCGCAGUUGUUGAUUUUGACUUGCAUUUCACUUAUAUUCUUACUGGUUGGGAAGGAUCAACACAUGAUUCUCUAGUUCUUAGGGAUGGACUUGAAAGACCUAAUGGGUUAAAAGUCCUAGAAGGUGAACAAGGAUUGAAAGUUGAUAAAGGAUUUAAGCCUCAAGCAAUUCAUGCAGCUAUUCGAGCCAUGAGAGAUGCAUUUGGGGUGACAGUUAUAGAGGCUAAUGUGGGUAAUCAUCGGGUUGGUUUCCCGACUAAUUUGACUGCACUGGACAUAACAAAACUACAAGCAUCUCAGUCGAUUUCGGUAGAUGAAUCUAGUAGAGAUCAGGGGAGAGAAACUGAGUCUAUUGUGCAAUCUGUGUAUGACAUCAAUAGUAGUUCUGGUGAAAGCUCAGUAUCUGCAGAAGAAGAGGAGCUAGAAUUAAAGAAAUUACCUGACAUGCUGACAUCAAAGUGA